AUGCUGAGCAAAAGAGCAGAACUAGAUGUUCCGCCGUCGGCACCGCUGUAUCGGCUGUCCAUAUCGGCAGAUCCUCUUUACGUCAACAAAAGUCUUUGUACAAAGGUGACACGCGUUGAGCCGCGAGGGGCUUCGAUUGGACGAGUGGGCGUCGGUGAUAAAAUCGUCGCAAUUAACGGCGUUAAGCUAAACAAUAUUCACGAGCUGAACGAACAGCUUGCUAAGCCGGCCAAAGAAGCAAGUGUUACGCUUAAUCGGGCUGGGUUUUCUUGCUGCAAGCACGCGUGCACAACCGUCGAAACGCUGACAAUCGAAAAGGGUAGCUCGAUGAAGGUUAUGCGAGCCGUUGAAUUGUACCGGGUACAAAUUCGACUGGAGCCAUUCCCGGAUAUGGAUUUGGGACAAGAACUUGGCUUAUCUGUGAAAUAUGACAACAAAGAGCGACUGCAAGUGGCUAGUGUGGUACCAGGGACUUUGGCAUCGGUACACUUGCGUCCGGGCGAUAUAAUUAGGUUAAGAAAUAAUAACUUACCAAAAAAAGUGCUUUGA